AUGGGCGCCAGUCAACAGCAUGAACCAGACUUUUAUCGCAGAGGCCAUGUAGAUCCUGUCACCGACACACGCGACACUCACCAUGAAGCGGACAACGCAAGCAUCCGCACCGCAAUCCACGACAACGACACUGCGCACCUCCGCCUCCUAGAUCCCUCUCCAGAACUUGACUCCGACACAUGGUCCGACACCUCCAGCAUCAGCGACGAAGAUGCGCCCCUCUCCCCACCACCCAUCGAGAGUGAAAAGCCCGUAACAUGGGCCUCGCUCCCGAACAGGGGCCAACUCGCCAUCUUGACAAUCGCGCGCCUCUCGGAACCCCUCACGCAGACUUCGCUGCAAGCAUACCUCUUCUACCAACUGCGUUCCUUUGACCCGUCGCUCCCAGAGUCGACGAUUGCGAAGCAGGCCGGAAUCCUGCAGGGGAGCUUCACGGCGAUGCAGUUCCUCACCGCGGUGUUUUGGGGCCGACUCGCGGAUACGGAGUGGAUGGGGAGGAAGAGGGUGUUGCUGAUUGGGUUGUUGGGGACGUGUAUCUCGUGCUUGGGGUUUGGGUUUUCGAGGUCGUUUGCGGCCGCUGCGGUGUUUCGAACGUUGGGCGGGGCGCUGAAUAGUAAUGUGGGUGUUAUGCGCACGAUGAUUUCGGAGAUUAUAGAGGAGAAGAAGUACCAAUCUCGAGCAUUCCUGCUCUUGCCCAUGUGCUUCAAUAUCGGCGUGAUCAUCGGGCCAGUUCUUGGUGGAAUGUUGGCGGAUCCGAUCAAGAACUACCCGCAUCUUUUCGGGCCCGGAUCGCUUUUAGGAGGGAAGGAUGGCGUGUGGUGGAUGGAACGCUGGCCGUUCGCUCUGCCGAAUCUUAUCAGUGCCACCUUCAUCUUCAUCUCGUGGGCUUCUGUAUUUCUUGGUCUUGACGAGACCCACGAAACCGCGCGCUACAGAAGCGACUGGGGCCGCAAACUCGGCCGACGACUGACACGCCUCUUCCGCCGGCGGAAAUACCGUGGCUACCACCAUCUAUCCGAACAUCCAGAUGACGAUGACGACGACAGAGACUCCCUCUAUCUCACAGAAAGCGUAACCAGUCGCUCCCUCCCCUCAACCCCAUUGCGCACCCGCCGCCACAUCCCACCGGCGCACAAACGGCCCAGCUUCCGCGCAAUCUGGACGCCCAACGUUCUGCUCACGCUAGGCGUCCAAUUCCUCCUCGCCUUCCACACAAGCGCCUUCAACUCGCUAACCUUCAUCUUCCUCCCGAACCCGCGCGCCCCACCAGAGAAUCAGCGCUCCUUCCUCCGCUUCGGCGGCGGCCUCGGCCUCCCCUCGUCGCGCGUCGGAAUGGCCACGGCAAUCAUCGGAUUUAUUGGUCUCCCGCUCCAGAUCUUCGUGUACCCACGCAUCCAGUCCAGACUAGGGACACUAACCUCCUUCCGGACUUUCUUACCUUUCUCGCCCCUCGCAUACGCACUCAUGCCCUUCCUCGUCCUCAUCCCCAACAGGCCGUAUCUCGUCUGGCCGGCGUUCACGGUUGUCGUCGGGUUACAAGUUGUGUCGAGGACGUUUGCGUUGCCGGCCGCGGUUAUCUUGGUGAAUAACUGUGUGACGGAUCCCGGGAUCCUCGGGACGGUCCAUGGCGUUGCGCAGAGUAUUUCGAGUGCGGCGAGGACGGCCGGGCCGUUACUUGGUGGGUGGGGGUUGGGACUCGGGUUGGAGUAUGAUCUUGUUGGUGGGGUUUGGUGGGCGCUUGCGGUUGAGGCGGCGCUCGGCUGGGUUUUGCUGGGGACUAUCUAUGAGGGGAAGGGGAUUGAUAGGAGUAAGAAUAAAAGGAAUAGAGUUGAGGAGGUUGAGGAUGAGGAGAGGCGGUAG